UCUUAGGUAUCGGUUUUGCCCGUCCAGUGCUGUUAGUGCGGAGGAGAGAGAGACUGUAGGGAUAGUUGUGCCUGCUAUGUUUAGGUGUCAAGAUGUCGGGACCAGGUUAUGAAGUCCAUGCAAUUAUUCACCAUGCCACCAGUUUGUGCGUAAAGAAGCCAGAUGUCCCGCUGUGAGUGGGACAGUCACGCAUUUCCAAAACUACUUUUUAUGCGUCCCGCUAAUUGAGACGUUGUCCCUUAUUUUUUAAAUGCGUGUUUUAUAAUCUGUCAUCAAAUAGCUGCGUGCGGAGACAGCAGUGAGCUGUCAUCAGGGACAAUGCGAGACAAAAAAAAAAAAGUGUUCAUCGUUGUAUAUACCCAUCACAAAGGAACUUGUGGUGAACCACCUACGUCACCACGUUGUGGUGGGACCACAACACGCCUCCAUCCAAUUUUCUUUGAGCGUAGGUAUCGGUCGUUGUUGUAGAGGAGAGAGAGACUGUAGGUAUAGUUGUUCCUGCUAUGUUUAGGUGUCAAGAUGUCGAGUUAUGAAGUUCUUCGUGAUGGAAUUAUUCACCAUGCCACCAGUGUGCUUUGUAGCAACAAGGGGUCCAUGGCUUCCUCGCAGUUGUACGAGCAGAUUAUGAAGAGCUUUGAUGUGACCCAAGGCGACUUUUGGUUCAUCAUGAAGUGCGCUCGUUUUGAGGUGAAGCGCACCGGGUUGGACGGUGACUCCGUGGUCGUGGCUAAAACCUCUCUACGUUUGUGCAAAGAAUAUUGGAAAGGGACUUGUUACGAGGAAAAGUGUGAGGAAUUGCAUAUUUGCAAAUAUUAUGUUUAUGGGAAUUGCAGAUUCGGGAAAAAUGAGUUCCGAAAACCGUGCAAGCAGUGCAAGCACUCCCACGACCUACGGUGCUCACACAACCAGUCGCUCCUUCGAGACUGCACCCUGCAGGACCUCCCCGAAGAGGACCUCUUCCUCCUGCUUAUGCAGAACGACCCGAGCCUGCUGCCAGAGGUGUGCGUCCACUACAACCGCGGCGGAGUGCCGGACGGGGCGUGCACCUUCAGGGACAGCUGCACCAAGCUGCACCUGUGCCUGCACCACACCCAGGGCCGCUGCCGCUUCGGCGAGCGCUGCCAGCGGCUGCACGCCGUCGACCACCGGGGUCUGAAGCUGCUGCAGGAGAGGGGCCUGCGCGCCGGUGACUUCAUCCGAGAACUGCCCGGCAUCUACCAGAACCGCCACCACCUCCUAGCCGCCGCCGCGCAGCAAGCUAGCGGGGGGGCUAGCGGCCCCCAAGCCCCAACCCAAGAGAUUCUGCGCCAGCCUGAAGAGUUCAACGCCAUUCGGGAGAAACGUAAAGCGGCUAAGAUCCGCUACAGAUCAUCUCAUCCAGCUCGCUCCAAGAUGGCGGUACAUGGCCCUUCCUGCUCAUUAACCAACCCAGCUGAUGCCCAACCUUUCAGUGUUUCCCCACUUGGUAUUUCUGAUCUGAGACAUCAGCUUAGUUCACCCGUCAUUCAAACAGAUCAGAGGACUUCCAACGUCGACAUCUGUCUCCACUUCCUCCGCAGAAGAUGCCAAUUUGAAGACCAGUGCAUCCUCGUGCACUUCAACAUGCCCUAUAAGUGGGAGGUGUGGAAGAGCAGAGCCUGGCGUGACCUGAGGCACAUGGAGGAGAUUGAGUUGGCCUACUGCGACCCUGAAGCCAGGAAAAGCCCUGGCUCCAGGCCGGUGGACUUCCUCACCAUGACCCAGGGGAGCAGGUCUCUCCCGGUGCGCCGGCUGACCACGGUGUCGUCGGUGACCAAGCCCCCCCACUACACCCUGACCACGGAGUGGGUGUGGUACUACCGGGACAACCACAGGAGCUGGGUGGAGUACGGCCAGCCCGACAGCGGACAGCGUACCACCUCGGUGACCUCCCGGGACCUGGAGCAGGCUUAUCAGAAGAACCCCUUCAAUAAGGUCCCGAUAAUGAAGGGCUUCCGGAAAUACCUCCUCAGCUUUAAGGACAUGUACCAGUGGAACCAGGCGUCGGACACCAGGAGACGCGUGUGCCGCCGCCCUCGCUUCCGGUCCGCCGCCGGCCUGGCAACACUGACGGCACGAUAGAGCGAGGGUCUCUCUCUCUCUCUCUCUCUCUCUCUCUCUCUCUCUCUCUCUCUCUCUGAGACCCACUUGUGCCUUUGACAAUGCACAGAUAAUAGGUGCCCAUAUAAGGUCAAAGGGAGUUCCCCUUCCUGAAUCAUGGAUGCUGUGCUUAAUGUGAUUGGAUCGUUCUCGAAGAGGUUAUUUGUUGAAGGAGGAAGUGGAAUUCGGAAAAGUUGAAGUCUUUUCCCUCCACAUGUUACAGUUGGUAUGUUGUUUGCUCUCGUGUUACAGAAGCAAGAACUGAAAUGAGCUUAAACCUUUCUAUGUUUAAAGUUGAAGUUUACUGUACAUAGGUGGCUGUUUAGUACUUUGUCUCGUACAUUUUAUGUAGCAUCUAUAUAAUAUAUAUAUUUGUAAAUCUAUUUUGGCCUAUUUAUAUCUCAAUAUCUAUCUAUCUAUCUAUCUAAUAUGUAUUUUUUGUAGAUCUGUCUACACAUGUGGGCUACAAUUUAUGUGUGCUUCUAUUAAUUGCAGGAAACAUAUUAAAUCUCCUUUUAAAAUGAUCUAUUGGUCUGAUGUUU